AUCACACCACACGGCCAUCAACUGUAUUUAAUCACACCACGCGACCAUCAACCGUAUUUAAUCACACCACACCGCGAUCAACCGUAUUUAAUCAUAUCACACGACCAUCAACCGUGUUUAAUCACACCACACGGCCAUCAACCGUAUUUAAUCACACCACACGGCCAUCAACUGUAUUUAAUCACACCACACGGCCAUCAACCGUAUUUAAUCACACCACACGACCAUCGACUGUAUUUAAUCACACCACACGGCCAUCAACCGUGUUUUAUCACACCACACGGCCAUCAACUGUAUUUAAUCACACCACACGGGCCAUCCACCGGCGAUAAACCGUAUUUAACCACACCACGCGACCAUCAACCGUAUUUAAUCACACCACACCGCCAUCAACCGUAUUUAAUCACACCACACGGCCAUCAACCGUGUUUAAUCACACCACACGGCCAUCAACCGUAUUUAAUCACACCAUACGGCCAUCAACCGUAUUUAACCACACCACACUGCCAUCACUCACCACACGGCCAUCAACCGUAUUUAACCACACCACACGGCCAUCAACCGUAUUUAACCACACCACACUGCCAUCAACUGUAUUUAAUCACACCACACUGCCAUCAACUGUAUUUAAUCACACCACACGACCAUCAACCGUAUUUAACCACACCACACGACCCUCAACCGUGUUUAACCACACCACACGACCCUCAACCGUGUUUAACCACACCACACGGCCAUCAACCGUUCUUGAUGAUGUCAAUGGGCAGCGUAUUCCCUGCGGCACUUGCCCACAAGGUUCUUGAUGAUGUCAAUGGGCAGGGUAUCCCACUCAUCAGUCAGAGGCAGGGCUAG